CUUGAUAAAUUGUAAAGCUUUCGUUAAUCAAGUAGCUUUUCCUGAUGAACGUGGGAAUUAUUCUACAGGAAGCUUCUUCAGCUGUAACCUAGCAGCACAUUCGUGGCCUCCAUUUAAAGGCAUCUACCGCGAAGUGACGCCUCUUCAGUUAGCUUGUCAGUAUCCGGGAGACCGCCGUGUUGUGUACCUCUUCAGACCGCUCCUUGCCCCAUCCCCUUCUACAGAGCUAACUUGCACAUAUCCUGUGCAUUAGAUAAUUUUUCUGUCCAAGUAUUUUUAUGAAGAGCUCACAGCUACUUCUUAAUGGGAUUGAAUCAAUCAUCAAGCGACCCAGAACAGCUCAGCAUGUCUAAGGAGUUUGUUGAAGCCACCAUCCGCGACAACAAAGUGGUGGUGUUUUCCAAGACCUACUGUCCAUACUGCAAGAUGGCUAAGCAGCAACUGAACAAGUACAAGGGGCAGUACAAGGAGGAACCUGUAAUUAUUGAGAUUGAGAAUCGCCCAGACUGCGAGCAGAUCCAGGCUAUCUUGGGGAAAAUCACUGGAGGUCGAACAGUUCCCCGUGUCUUCAUCAAUGGCAAGUGCAUCGGUGGAGGCAGCGAGACCAAGGCUGCAGAGGAUUCUGGCAAGCUGAAGACAAUGCUGAGUACAGCUGGGGCCAUCUAAUCCCACCUGACGAAAUUCCAGUGCCUGAGAAUAGAAGCUAGCAAGCAUUUCUACUCAUAUCAGUAGUUUGUGUUGUGAUUUUCAUUCAUGUAGUCUAUAUGUGUGUUUUCCACAUUGAUGCAGAAAUGAGUGACGCACAAGCGAAGUACCAAUUUAAAAAAAACUCUCUAGAAACAAUUUUUUUAAGAACUAUAUGGCCAACCAUCUCCCUCUCACUAUAUUUUUGUUACAAAACAAUACCACCAGAUGAUCAUUCAAUCAAGAGCUUGAUAAGGCAUUGAAACAGAUCAUUCGUAUAUCUUCCAGGCUUCUUCAGUGUCAUUGAUGUGUAAAUAUUGCUUCAAAAUUUCAGUCCUGCAAAUACAUGAUUCCUUCCAAAAACAUUUUAAUUAAAAUGAAACAACGUUAACAUGUUGUCAGAACUACACUUUUGACCACUUGGGAGGAAGUCUGUUGAUGUUGUAAUGUAUUGUACUGCAUUGUGUUGUUCUACUCACUGGACAAAUAGCUUUCUUGAAGCUAAAAGUGGAUCAGAGAAAACAAAACAUAACUGCUGAAUAACAGCAUUAAUCAUGUCACCACUGCAAAAUCAAAAUAAAAAGUUUCAAAGAA